CAAAUGUUUAUUUUUGUUUCUCGAUUUUCAGCUUCUGUAAUAUUGAUAUUGCUGGUCUUAGUAUGGAGAAUGAAAAACCCGGUUUGAACAAAAAGCAAAAAUCUAUGAGUCGAAGAGAAUGGCGGAAACUGUUUAAGAAACUACGCCGUAAACGUAUUCGACAGCAGACUGCUCGCAAACGGGACCUUUUGUUGGAGCAUGCUGAAUCUUUGAAAAAGGCAAAUCCCAGUUAUGUUGAGUACCUACGAGAAAAAGAACAGCUAGAGUUUGAUUUAGAGCAACAGCUCGAGGAACGCAGACGCUAUGAAAACGCUCUUUGGGUGGACCGCGAAAGGGAGUUCCAGCUAGCAUUCAGAGAACGCCAAAAACAGAUUGCAAAUGAACAACGUGAAGAAAAUGAAAAACGCGAAAGAAUCCGCAAGGAAUUUGAAGAACAGAAUCGAAAGAUUAGGGCUGCCAAACUUGAGAAAGAGCAACUAAUGGAAGAACUACGGAAGAAGCAACAAGAAAAAGAAAGAAUGUGGGCUGAGUUUAUCGUUGGAAUCGAUGAUCAUGUUCCUACGCUCUGUGAAAUCACUCAUACGCGACCUGGUGGCAACCCAUGUUUAUUUUUUGGAAAGGUUGGUGCUUGUCGAUUCGGCAUUCGCUGUUCGUCGAAUCACCAGGUACCAGGGUUAAGUGAACUUAUAAUGAUGCCAAAUUUUUUCGCUCAUCCUGCUCUGGACGACCAGCAACAUCUAGAAUACGGCACAGAUGCUAGUUUGGAAUUCGACGAGAAUGAGUUACAACGAUUCUAUAAAGACUUUUUUCUUGAUAUCAUCGAAGAAUUUGAAUCAUUUGGUACCAUCAAAGGUAUAUUCGUAUGCAGAAAUUUUGAGCCGCAUCUAAGAGGAAAUGUUUUUAUACAGUUCAAUGAUAUGAGGAGUGCAGCCAAAGCUUACCAAAGAAUGAACGGCCGUUUCUAUGCAUCCAAACAGCUUCACGUGGAAUUUCGUUUACCAAUUACAUGGACCUCAGCUGUUUGUGGCCUGUUUGAACAAUCGAGAUGUCAGAAAGGUAAAAACUGCAAUUACCUACAUUUGAUGGUCAAUCCGAUUGAAAAGUAUAAAUACGAGCACUUGAAAGAACUGAAGUCCGUGCGCAACUCAGAAAGGUCUUACGCGAGAACACAAAUAUUGCAAGAACGGAGCUGGGAUGACAUUGAAAUACCUUCAUCGCGCAGUAGGAACUGGCGUUGGUCGGAAACUCCGGAGAUAGAUCUUGUCCGUAAAAGUCGGCCCUCAUCCAGGACCCAAAAUGUGCGAUAUGAUAAAUCAUCGCCCCAGAAAGAAAGAGAGCGACAGUCCCGAUGCAAUGACAAAAGAAAUAGAUCUAAUCGCAAACGUAGUCGAAGCAGAUCUAAUUCUAAAGAAAAACAUGAUCGAGGAAGUCGAAAAAACAGACACCGAAGUCGAAGCAGAAGCUCUGACCGCAGGAAACGAAGAAAUCGUUCCAGAAGUAGAGAUUCUAGGAGAAGCUCUAGUAGAAAACGCUGCUAAAAUCAAGGGCAAUUGAACUGUGAUUAUGAUAAUUCCAAUUAUCUAGUGAAAUUGGAUGAAUUGUUGUAAACAACUUCUCUCUCAGCGAUAAUUAAAUGAAAUAUUGCCUGGUCUAUCGAUCGAAUAAAACGGAAUAAGAAUAAAAUUAUUACCCCAAA